UGAAUUCAAAUAAGUUUUAAUUAUUCCAACACAUAGUCAUGGGUAGCGUGAGCUCACUCUUUCAGUUCACAUGUGAAAAUUGUUCCACAAUCAAUUCGACUGAAAACAUAAAAUGUUUCAAAUGUAAUUUCGAGAGAAAGACAAAAGAAUUAGCUGAAAGUAAAAGGAUAAAUGAAGUACAUACGUCGUCAUUAGAGAAGCAAGUUCAUCCGAGAUCGAAAGCUGUUCAACUGCCGUUUUGUAUCAAUGAUAGUUUAGCAUUAGCACACAAACAUUACAAUCAAAAGAAGAUCAAACAAAUUCGCUUUCUUUUUAAACAUCGAGAGAAUUGUCUACUGAAAAAGACAAACUUAGUGAAGAGAUUUCAAUCGCAGCCAAAUAUUUACAGGAACUGGAACUGCGGCGAGUGUGGAUUAUUUAAUUCCACAAUCACGUACUUUUGCUUGAAUUGUAAUCUUGUGAGUGUAUUAGCACCAAUUUACAAAAGUACAUCUCAAGUUGUAUCAAAAAAUGACGAGACAAGUGCAAAUGAGUCAUCAAAGAAUGCUGAAUCAAAUCAGAUUCAACUUCGUCGGAGUUUGAGUAUGGACUCUCUCCCAUCAAAUCAAAAACGAUGUCAAUUAUGUUUGUUUAAUCGAUACGAUUUACAUCCAGCUAAGAAGAUAUUUGAUGAGAAGCUUCAAUAUCAAAACAAAAAGAACGUCACAAUCAACAAUUAUCCGACACUUUUCAAAUCACCAGCUGGUGCUAAUAACUUGAAAGAUUUCAAACUUCCCGCACACCGAUGCUCAAACAAAGGAAGUCAAGACAACUCACUCAUCUCUUGUAACAUUUGUGGAUUGUGUGGAAAACAAAAUCAAUCAACUAUUGAAAAUAGCGGACGAUUUACAAUUACAAGAAACAAAAGAAAUCCAUCAAUUCGAAACACAAGCCGAAAGUCAGAAGAUUUAUCAUCAAGUGGAGUUUUUAUAGCUGUUGAAGAUUGGACAGAAUCGGUUGUAAGACGAAAACAAUUUUCACGUUCAGCAAGUAUGCAAGAUAAUUAUUACGAGAAUCUUAAGCAACUUGAUAAUGCUUCAAGUAACAACAAUAACAACAACAAUCCGCCAUAUGAGAAUAGUUCAACCAUUCAGAAAUAUCAACAAGAAUCGAGCAACGAUAAAAUCGACGAAUCUCUUUAUGCAAAAGUGAAUAAAGUGAAGAAAAGUGACGAUGUUGAAGCGAUCAAGAAUAAUUUCAUUAACAAUAAUCAGUUGAAAGCAUCGAAGAUUCAAUCGAUUCCGUGCAUGACAGGAUCGUCAAACAGUGACGUUUAUUCGAAAGUAUGGAAAGGACCAAAAAAAGACUCGACAACAAUAAAGGAAAAUAGUCAACGAAUGUGGACAUGUAAGUGCUCAUACGCUUACAAUCCCAUGUGGGUUGAUAAUUGUGAUAUUUGUGAUGCACCUCGCAUAUCACCAUCGCAACAACAAUCAGCAAAACUUAUAACAUUGACAAAGACAAACAGUACUGAUAAUCAAUCAGGAGCAUCGAAAGAUAAUGUUAACAACAACAAUAAUUCUCCGAAACUUGUUAUGUCAAAGUCAACGCAUGGCUUUGAUGAGUUACCAUCAAGUGUUCGUGUUCCAAUGGCUUCAUUUGAACAAGACUUGGAAGAUGAUUUUCAAUUUCUUCCAGCUGAUUCACCAACAUCAGAUGAUCAUCAACCAAAGCAAUGGACAUGCAAGAAAUGUACAUUAGUAAACUCAUCAGCAGUUACUGUUUGUAUUGUUUGUGGUGGAUCAAAGUUGAGAAGUGUUUCGGGUGUUGAAGAUAUGACAUUAAGAAAAGGAGAAUUUUGGACAUGCUCACAAUGUACAUUGAAGAAUUCACUUGGAACGAAUUUAUGUAGUGCAUGCAAGUCUAUUCGACAUGUUGCAAGUGUUUCAAAACCACCAAAUUUCCGUCCCUACACUGGAUCGUCUCCAGCUACAACACCCACGACACCUGGUGGCAGUAAUAGUAAACAAAUCAACACUGAUCAACAACAAAUUAACAAUUCACGAUCACAACUGAUGAUACCAACAAAUAAAGUAUCAAGAAGUCCAUCACCAAGACAUGAUCGUUCUGGUGCUAUUCCAAAACGUCACAGUACGGGAUCAGUUUUGAUAAGAAGUGGAAGUGGACAUGGAAGUCACUCAACGAGUGUUCCAACACAAAAAUCAAAGACAUGGCAAUGUCCAGCAUGUACAUAUGAAAAUUCAUCAGCAAGUGUUGUUUGUGAUAUUUGUUCGAGUCAUCGACGUGCUGCUGUUAAUGAUGUUUCAUCAAUAAUUGCUCCAAAUGUUGGAAUAUUGGAAGAUAGUCGACAUGAGAGUAAAUUAAUGGAGAAUUUACGUCAACAAGAAGAGUCAGAAGCACUUGCUAAAUGGGAGAAUAUCAUACAAUAUUGUAAAGAGAAUAACGAACUUUUUGUUGACGACUCAUUUCCACCAGCUGCCAAAAGCCUUUAUUACAAUCCAAAUGCAGCAAGUAAUUCAGAAGCAAAUCCGGUUGUUCAAUGGCGUCGACCACAUGAAAUAAAUUGUGAUGGUGGAAACUUUCCAUGGUCAGUUUUUCGUACGCCAUUACCAUCGGAUAUUUGUCAAGGUGUUUUAGGAAAUUGUUGGCUUUUAUCAGCACUUGCAGUGCUAGCUGAACGUGAAGAUUUAGUGAAGGAAGUUCUCGUGACAAAGGAAGUUUGUCCACAAGGUGCAUACCAAGUACGCUUAUGUAAAGAUGGUCGAUGGACAACUGUUUUGAUUGACGAUCUUCUGCCAUGUGAUAAGCGAGGCCAUUUGGUGUAUUCACAAGCCAAACGAAAGCAACUUUAUUUGCCAUUGAUUGAGAAAGCGGUUGCGAAAAUUCACGGUUGUUAUGAAGCUUUAGUGUCGGGACGUGCUAUUGAAGGCUUAGCAACAUUAACAGGUGCGCCAUGCGAGAGUUUACCACUUCAACCGAGCUCAAUUCCAAUGCCAAGUGAAGAUGAACUUGACAAAGAUCUCAUUUGGGCUCAAUUGUUGAGUUCUCGUCUUGUUAAAUUUCUUAUGGGUGCGAGUUGCGGUGGGGGAAAUAUGAAAGUUGACGAAGAUGAAUAUCAAAGCAAAGGACUGAGACCCAGACAUGCUUAUUCUGUAUUAGAUGUACGUGACAUUCACGGUCAUCGACUGUUGAAACUUCGAAAUCCUUGGGGACACUACUCAUGGAAAGGCGACUGGUCUGAUGACUCUGAAUUGUGGACUGAUGAACUUCGUGAGAUUUUAAUGCCACAUGGUGCUUCUGAGGGUGUUUUUUGGAUAUCUUUUGAAGAUGUUUUAAAAUACUUUGACUGUAUCGACAUUUGUAAAGUUCGUCAAGGAUGGGAAGAAAUUCGAUUGCUGGGAACGUUGCAACCACUUUGUUCACUUUCUUGUGUACUUUUAACAGUGCUUGAACCAACUGAAGCUGAAUUUACUUUGUUUCAAGAAGGACAAAGAAACUCGGAAAAAUCACAAAGAUCACAGCUCGAUCUUUGUGUUGUUCUUUUUAGAACAAGAAAUCCAGCAAAUCCUGAAGUUGGCAGACUUGUCGAACAUAGCAAGCGACAAGUUCGUGGAUUUGUUGGAACUCAUAAGAUGUUAGAACGAGAUCUUUACCUUCUUGUGUGUUUAGCAUUUAAUCAUUGGCACACUGGCAUCGAAGAUCCUUUGUUGUUCCCCCAAUGUGUUCUUGCAAUUCAUAGUUCAAAACGUUUGAUUGUUGAGCAAAUUUCCCCGCCACCUCAUCUCCUUGCAGACGCUAUAAUAAGUUUAACUUUGACCAAAGGUCAGCGACAUGAAGGACGAGAAGGAAUGACUGCUUAUUACUUGACGAAAGGUUGGGCUGGUCUUGUUGUUAUGGUUGAGAAUCGUCAUGAGAAUAAGUGGAUUCAUGUUAAAUGUGAUUGUCAAGAAAGCUACAAUGUUGUAUCUACCAGAGGUGAAUUGAAGACGGUUGACUCUGUUCCACCACUUCAACGACAAGUUAUAAUUGUGUUGACACAACUUGAAGGGUCUGGCGGCUUUAGCAUUGCGCACAGACUAACGCAUCGUUUAGCGAAUUCUCGAGGACUUCACGACUGGGGAAACAAUAAUCGCGAAACACAUUGCCCACCCAUUGAUGAUGUUUAUGGACUGCAUUCACCGAGAAUGAUAACAUAAUUUAAUUAAUUAAGUCUAACAUUCCUUGUUCAAUUCUCACCUUUCUUCAUUUUCAACAAAUUUUCAUUGAAAUUAAAGAAGGAAAAACAUUUAGAAAGGAAAUUGAAAUGAACAAAGCACAUUUACGACAAUUUUGUGAUAAAAAGAUUUCCUUUUUUUCUUCUUUCUCUCCUUUUUACAAAGUGUGUGGAAUCCAAUGAAUGGAUUAUACAACAAUAAAUGUAAACAUAGUCAGUUCUGCUUGUGACAAUAUCAAAGCAUCUACAAAUGUCUUUUGUCUUCUUCAUUUUACAAAAUACAACUUUUGAGAUUAUUAUUUGAUUCUUCUCAUUUUCAUGUUCUUCAACGUCGUUGAUAAGAUAGAUGGAAACAAGUAAAUUUAUUUUCCUCCACUAGAGAGAAUGACGAUGAUCUAUUGAAAUAAAAAAUUUAAAAAAAUGCAUGAAACUGAAAUUGUGUUUUUAUUUUU